GGGGUCGGGGGGGACACGACUAACCAGUCUGGGGACUCAUUCCAGGUGCUAAUCCUGGGCUUGGAGGAGCUGGUGAACGUCCGCAACAUUGAACGCCUCAAAAAGGACCUGAGGGCCUGCUACAAGCUGAUUGACAGCUUCCUGGCGCCCCUAGAGCGGAGCGGGGACCUGACGCAAUGUGUGGAGUGUGUCCCUGUGCCCCACGGCGCCGCCCUGCAGGAGUGCCUGGAAGCCUUCGUGGCCGCGGCCGAGAGCCGCUUUGGCUGCCUGGUGGCUGGGGGCCGGCUGGCGCUGGCCACAGAGCCCUGGUGGCAACUGGCCCCCCAGGAGCUGCUGCUGCUGAGCUGGCUGGUGGGCUUGCUGCCCCCCCACGCGGCGCGGGACUACCCCAUCUACCUGCCCCAUGGCAGCCCCACGGUCCCCCACCGGCUCCUCACCUGCCAGCUUCUGCCCGGCCUGGAGGCCUGCCUGAUCUGCGGGCCCAGCCCUGCCCUGCACACCGUGGAGACCGAGCUGGUGCCACGGUUCUGGAAGCCCCUGCUGGAGCCGCUGCAGGCGUGUGUGAGCCCCCAGCCCCACGGCCUGCCCCCCGGCAUCACGCUGCCCCCCGGAGUCCUGGCGUUCCUGUUGAUCCAUCGGGAGCAGAGGAGCAGCCAGAGCUCAGUGCAGCCCCCAGGAUCGGGGGGGGAGGGCCUGUCCCCCAGGCGCCGCGCCUGUGCCCUGCGCCACUUCUACACCCUGGUCGCCGCCCGCUACUUCCCCUGGGAGGGCAGUCCAGCCCCCCCACAGGAGCCGUUCCAGGCCGGCUUCCCGCACCGCGCCCGGCACUGCUACGUGGUGAGCGCCACGCACAAGGCCUACGCCAUCCACGCCCCCCAGCACCAGCUCUUCCUGCUCCUGGCGCCCCACGUGCCCACCUUCGCCCUGCGGCCCCUGGCCACCCGCACCCUGCAGCGCCUCACCGGGGACGCCGCCUGCUGAGACACCGGCCCGGACACCUGGGUUCUGCCUUGGGGGAUGAAAGGGGAUUGCUUCAGGCUAUUCUGUAGGAUUAUCGUGUGCGCAAAAGAACGGCCAGACUGGGUCCGACCAAUGACCCAUCCAGCCCUGUGUCCUGCCGGAGGUGAUCGUCGAACGAUCCACCCGUCGCCCAUCCCCACCUCCUGGCAAACAGAGGCAGGGACCCCAUCCCUGCCCAGCCUGGCUAAUAGCCAUCGAUGGACCUGUC